AUGGCGGAUCAUACCCCUCCUCCCAACCCACCGCUCAGCGACGAACACGAGAACGAAGCGGGACAAUCUCAGAUCGAGAUACAUGCACACACUCACAUCGAGGCCGGCGGGAGGAAGUCAACAGAUGGACAGUCGUCUGCGCCUCUAGUCAAUAGCAGUGGCUGGGACGGCAAAUUGCGCAUGCCACCACGUAACGCCGUCCUGACCAACCCUGAAGCCCUCUCUGACCCCGACUACUCGGACCCGGAAGCGCCUCCUGUCGAGCAGAUUGAGGCCGACGAGGAUUUGCUUGAUGAUUAUCCCCUGGACACUGAGGAUAUUGAUCUUGUCCACUGCCGGAUUUCCUCACUUGUUGCACUGAAACUCGAACGCUUCACCAAUGCCAAGAGACUGUGUUUACGGCAGAAUGCCAUCCAGAGUAUAGCUUUAACGCCAAACCUGGGAGAGACAUUGGAAGAGCUGGAUUUGUAUGACAACUUGAUUUCGCACAUCAAGGGCCUCGAUGAUAUCAAGAACCUGAGAAGCCUGGACCUCAGCUUCAACAAGAUCAAACAUAUCAAGAAUGUGAACCACUUGCGCAGUCUAAAGGAACUAUAUUUCGUGCAGAAUCGCAUCUCCAAGAUUGAAAACCUCGAUGGACUAGAGAACCUGACCAUGAUCGAGCUCGGCGCGAACCGUAUUCGAGAGAUCGAGAAUCUGGAAACCCUCCACACCUUGCACGAGCUCUGGCUGGGGAAGAACAAGAUCACCGAGAUCAAGGGCUUGUCUUCUCUGACGAGUUUAAAGCUUCUCGACCUAAAGUCCAACCGAUUGACCACCAUAACAGGCCUAGAGUCGCUGUCCAACCUUGAAGAACUGUACGUCUCACAUAACGGCAUCACAGAGAUAUCACCUGCAUCACUAGCCAACAACUUGAAACUGCGAGUCCUCGAUCUCUCGAAUAACCAGAUCUCCCAUCUGGCGAACAUUGGACAUCUUAAAGAGCUCGAAGAGGUCUGGGCUAGCAGCAACAAACUUGCCGAUUUCCGAGAAGUCGAGCGCGAGUUGGCCGACAAGGAACACCUCGAAACGGUGUAUUUCGAGAUGAAUCCCCUGCAGCUGGCUUCGCCUGCAUUAUACAGGAACAAAGUGCGCCUGGCAUUGCCGCAGAUCAAGCAGAUUGAUGCAAGUAAGUUAAUCACACCUCGUCAUGGCUUGAGAGUCUGA